CUUUUUUUUUUUCCUUCACUAUUCUCCUUCAGUUGCUCUCCACUUUCUUUCCUUUUCCUUUAUUUCGUUCUGUUCUUGUUAUCCGCUGCCUAAAGCAAUCCCUUGAGCAGCACCCACAUCUCAUUCCUUUGUGCAUUCACUCCUCCCAUCCCUCUCAUCACCCGCACACUAAGCGAUCCCAUUCGUCGUCUUCAGGGACAAUUCCUCCCUGCUUCCACUCUUUCCUUGUCACACCAGCCUCACUUCACUGAAGCUCAUUCGACCCCUGAAGCUUUUUGUCACACCUUGGUCUAGGUCCAGAAUUAUAGAGACACACCUACACCGAUAAUAUGGCGACGAUGUGGUCCCAGGAUCGGACCUCGAUAGGCAGUCGAGGGUCAGACGCACGGACAGGAUCACCAGCAGCUGCAGAGGCCAGUCCGGUACCUCCAUUGCUGGACCAACACCUUCGGCUCCUCUUGUCGCCUGUCCCAGCUUCGAUGGCUCAGGACUCAUCCAAGUCAGCGGCAGCAUCGUCUUUGUCAUCCUCAUCAUCGCCCACCACAGUUACACUCUAUCCAGUCGAAGCUGUUCCUUCGCAUCUUUUGUGCGCCAUUUGCACAUUGCCCUACGAGAACCCAGUCCACUUUUUGCCGUGUUGCCACGUCUUUUGUCUCGAAUGCAUCCAGCUAUGGAUCGGAAUGAACUUCGGUGACGAUUUGCUCCAGAGCGAACUUCGAAGGGCAUAUCCUGCCGAAGGAGAUGUGGUUCCAGGAGAUGAAUUGGGCGCUCUUGCUGGAUACGAUGACAUGCUACAGCAACAACCUCUGCAGCAACAAUUCAUGUUUGAGCUGGCGAGAAUGGGCGGCUCUCGAUCCCGCACUGAAACUUCAAACUCGAACCGCAAUUUCUACGAGUCGUUCAAUCACUUUUCGCCUGCUCAGCAACAGCUUCUUCAACAGCAACAAACACAGCAACGGAUUGCAGUGCUGCUGGAGAGCAGGGAGAUGCCGAAGUGUCCUAUGUGUCGGACCGGUCUUCAUAUCAACGGCUGGGACAGGAUUGAGGAGCAGAUCAAGGUCCCGGUCACUAUCAGUCCUCGACCCAGGCCCUCAAGCAAUACGACCGGAACGGCGCCUCCAUCGUCUUCAUCGGACUGGCUUAGGCGGGGAAACACCGCUCAGGGGCAGAGACCGGUUUCAGGAGUGGAACGACGGCGUGUGCGACCAGACAGGUUUGCUCCGAAUGGGCUGUCUAGAAGGCGCGAGGAGGCCAUUGGCGAAGAAGAGGAAGGCGAGGACGAAGAGAUUGAAAUGGAGCAUGUAAGAACAGUAAGGGGUCGCUUUACCAAUGUGAACACACUGUCUCCACACUCUUCACUGUCGUCGUCGACUUCGUCGUUAUAUGGAGCUCGCAACGACAGGACGCAACCACUGGUCCAGCCCACAGUACAAGCGGACGGACGGUCGUUACGGCAGACCGUGCUUACUGGAAACGACGACGAAGAGCUGCAGAGUCCCACAACGGCGGUUAUCGGUCGGCGUCCAAGCGAAUGGAUGCGAUAUCAACAACGACAAGUUCAGGCCCACCAGGAGCGGCAGCAGGCAAAUAGAUUGCAGACCAAUGCAACUUCAGCCCCAAGUAUCUCUCAGUUCGAUAGACUUUCAGGUCAAAGCGAGGCACCUCAUUCCUAUGCCAUUGCAGAUGACAGGUACAAUGAGCAGCAGCAACAAAUUCGCCGCCUUUAUCUCGAGCAGGAGAGCCAGGAAGAGCUCCUACGGUCGUUGACAGCGCGUGCAGCUUCGAUUCUUGAGGAAGAAGAAGAAUCCAGGAGGCAUGGAUCAGACUCAGGUUCCUCUGUGUUUGCCAGCAAUGUUGAAGGAAUCACGGACCAACCCUCAUCGGAGCAGCUAGCCACACAACUCAAUCGGCCUGGAGGCCAAGAUGAGCGAAGCUCUGGAAGCAGCGAGGACACUGAGAGUGGAGUUCAAAGGACACAAUCUCGACAAUCACUGCUUCAAAUUGACACUUCUCUUACGCGGCCAAGCGUUCAAUCAAACCAGAGCUCCUCCACCCACUCUCGUCAACUUAGUCGAGGCAACACUCAUCCACAAGCCAGAGAGACAGAGCAGGAUGCCAGAGUCCGCCGGACCAGCGUCGACCAUUACUCAGACCACCAUCCUGAAUCGCCAAGCAGCUGCACGGAUGAAGCUGCAAAUGACAGCGAUGAUAACGACAGCAUCAUCAAUGCUAUUCAGCAGGGAACGCGUGCAUGGGCGCAGCGCCCCUCGAGCCUGGGACUCGGUCUGGGUGAGAAUCAGAGGUCUAUGCCUCUCUCCUUGGAUGAUGCAGAGGGCAAUACGAGUAUCUCGGACUCAGUCUCAGACUCGAAUCAAUCACCUUCUGCACAGCACUCCCCCGAGCUCCCGACCUCACCAUCCAACGGGUCUACACUUUCAUACGGAACGUCGUCCACGUCUUCUCCGAGCAUCCAAAACAACUCUUCGAUCGGAACUUCAUUCUCUCAGCGGUCAUCAAGCCAGCCUCAGUGGGAACGACACUCGCUUUCAUUACAGAUGCCCGUUAUGGAGGCAGGGCACACCGGGUUCGGAGUCUCGGACUCGGUGCCGACAACGGCCAGUGUGACCAUGAACGAGCGCGAGGAUUAUACAGAACAGCCCUGGAGAGACCACAAUGUGGAGACGGACGAUCGAGAGGUCAGCCAUAAAAGCUCUAUCGAUGGUCUUUGUGCGGGCACUUUCGGUACUAGCGAUGUAGUCUCUUCGAGCUCGUCCAUGUUGCAGAAGGGAAGCGACACCGCUGAGGAAGGGGGCCUCGAAGUCGACUCAACAGAAACAGUGGCAACUCAGGAUGCUACGCUGCAGACAGGUUCUAUCCAAGGCUCAAGUUCCGGUGCCGCUCUUGGCGCCAACCUCGUUACUUCCCCUGGAUCUAGUCACAAGCCCUGUUCAUCACCGAUAUCACCUUUGCUUCGGGAUUUGCAUAUUCAUAGCCCAGUCGCGACGGCGCAAGGGCCCAUGACUACCAUUGCAGAUAUGCAUAUCGAUCCGGAAGUUCUCGCACGAGCACGGUCGUGCUCUGUAACCUUGACAGAAGAUGAUUUACCGAGCAGUGCGAGGGGACAUCCCUCACCAAUCGACUCUCCGAUACCCACGCCCUCCACUGCAAGACCACGGCACCGCUUCCCAGCUGGUAUCAGACUUGCUGGAGAGGAGGGAGAACAGACAGAGGAGGAACAGACAGAGGAGGAACAGACAGAGGAGGAACAGACGGAGGAGGAACAGACGGAGGAGGAGGAACUGGCGGAUACAAGCGAUGUGGACGGCGCACAUUUGAAUCCCGAGCAGGACAGCCCCAUAGGAAAUGCAAGAGUCCCAGCUGAAGGGGAGCACUUGGAGAACGAAGGGAAUACGCCGCCUGCCUUGCACGCUGAAUCCCAUGGAACUGGUUCAUCAGCGGAAGUUGCAGGCGAAGAUCUGCUAGCAACAAAUCUUCCAGCAGAAGACACCUCCGUACCGUUCACUGCUGCCAUGUCUCAGGAGAACUCUGCUGUUGCUAUCCAGGAUCCACUGUCUGCAGCAAUCUCCAAUCCCGAAGAGACUUUGACCGCACCAGAAAGUACGGGUACUAUGGAUUCGGAUCGCGCCGAUACUCAUUUGAUGACGCCUCUCGUCCGACCAUUCCGAGAGAAUAUGUCUUCUCCUCCGCCAUUGCCUCUGCCAUUGCCAGUAGCAGUAGAAGAACGGGAUAUCGGGUCGACACUCCAUUCUGAAUCAUCCAACGUUGCGAUCUUGACGGCUACAACCGAACGCGUGGACCAGAACGUGCAGCCGAUUGGCGUCGGUGACAGCCGCAGGACCUCGAUAACUGGAGGCCUUGACGUCGAGCCUACUUCAUCUCCCGCUCCGUUUUCAGCCCCAUUCUCGUUGGGUAUGUCCUCCUCUCCACUCGACCAUCCAGAAGAAGAUGAAGCCCUGACCUCAGGGGUGCAGGAACAUGUCCAAUACCGAACACUGGUCCGGUACCAGCCUCGACUCCCCAAGGCCCAUGUGAUGUCGGAUCUGAUCUCGCAAAUCCGUGUCGAGUGUCCGCAUAAGGAUGCGGGGUGCACCGGUAUCAUGGAGAUGCAAAAGGCUCUUCAACACGGCCGCGACCAGUGCCAUUUUAGAAUGGUGAUGUGUCCGAGACCCCGCUGCGGCCUUUGGAUGAGGGCGGAUCAAAUUGUAGAACACGUCCUAAUGGUAGAGUCUGGCAGCAACAGUGCUGGCACGACCAGUUUGUCCCCGUCAGCGUCUUCUUCAAGCUCGUCACCCUCGACCUCAGGCCCGUCUCCGACCUCCUCAGUUUCGUCCGCACGCUCGACAGGCCGCGGAGCUGGACUUGGUCUGCAGCAGCGUCAGAGCUCUCGAAGCCAACACAGAUCACUUCGUGACCAGAGGAAUCAGUCUGGUCUUAACGGUGCUCCCAAGGCACCGUCGCAGGCCCAGCAGCUCCGACAAUUUUCCUACAAUGAGACGGCAUCGACCUCUCCCAAUCCAUCGAUCCUGCCCUGCGCCGGAUUAACGUGGGAACGCGAACAACUCACUCGCGCGACUGGGAUUAUUGGGCAGCUGACGGAGGAGAACACGAGUCUUCGGCAGAUGAUCCGGCAGCUCACACAGCAGAAUGCCAAGCUGAUCAAGGACAAGGAUCUUUGGCAGCGAUAUACCAAUAUCAGCCUGAGGCGUGAUUGAAAACUGUAGCAGAAUAUGAAAUAGAGCAAUACCUGUAUACCUUUUUUUAUUUUAUUUUUUAUUUUCUUUAUCAAGAGACUCCAGUUGAAGAUCAUUUUUUUUAUAUU